AUGACGGAUAAAGGCUACACACAUUUUAAAAAAUUUCCUAUAUCAACAUCAUCAAGUUAUUCUGACCAGAAAGAAGAUUUUGAAAAAGAAAAACAAAACGUUGUAUUUGAAAAAAUAGAAACUCUAACAAUCAAACCAACUGAUAACAAUCGUCAUCGACAUUCUGGAACUUUUAUUAAGAAACUUUUUAACACAACAUAUAAUUCAAAAUUAAUAAAUAAAAGAAAACGACAAUCAAAUAGUGUUGACGGUAAUAUGUUUGACGAAAACGAGAACAAUAUGGAACACAUUCUAAAAGUGAAGUCACCUCCAUCAAUGACUCAUCAACCUGUAUUAGAAAAUGACGUUUGUUUAACAUCAGCACCAAAUGGAGAAUUCAAGCUUAAAGGAAUAUUAAAAAAUUCAAAAAGUAAUUCGGGCACCAGUCAUCUCAAUGACUUAUACAAUAUUCGUAGUCCCUUUCAAUACAUGCAGCCAUAUCUUCCAAAAUUUCAUAAAACAAAUAGUAAAGAAAACAGAAGUGGUUUCGAAUCGACGAUUAAUGAUAACAAUAGUGUACGUUCAAAACCAAAUACCUCUACACCAGUUAAAAGUGUUACAUUUAGUGAUAUGAUAUGUGACAUGGAAUCUAAGUUAAAAAAAUCAAUGCCCGCUACAAUAAAAAAAUCAUGUGAUCAACGAGAAAAUUCUCAAGAUUCAAAUUUAGUGAACACAUCAAAAGUAAAUUCUCAAGAUUCAAAUUUAGUGAACACAUCAAAAGUAAAUUCUCAAGAUUCAAAUUUAGUGAACACAUCAAAAGUAAAUUCUUACGAAGGAAAUUCUAUUGGUAAAGUACAUUUUUAUGCUACACAUUCGUUACAAUUGCAAAGCCUCACUGUUCGUGAAUCACGCGAUAGUGACUCCAGUGAUGACUAUUUAGUUGUGUUUUAA